AUGCCGAGCUCCUCAUCCCAUGAAGCCGGCGCUGGCAAGCUGAACAGGAAGAGGAGGCCCUUGCUCCUCCUCGCCUCAUUGCUCCUGGUAGCCGUGGUGGCCGGCGUAGCCGCCGGAGCCGUCAGAGCUCGACGGAGCCGUCAGACGGCGGCGGUCCACGGCGUCCUCCGCGCCUCCUGCAGCUCCACCCUCUACCCGGAUCUCUGCUACUCCUCCUUCGCCGGGCAGCCGUCGCUCCUCGCCGCCGUCACGGACCAGAAGGAUGUCGUCCACGGCGCCAUCAGCCUGUCCAAGAGCUCUGUCCACCACAUCUUCUCCACCGUGCAGAAGAUCCGCGCUUCCAGGGGCGGCAAGCUGACGGAGCGGGAGCGGUGCGCCCUCCACGACUGCCUGGAGAUGUUCGACGAGACCCUCGAGGAGCUGGGGGAGGCCGACGCCGACCUCAACUCCUACGACCGCGGGGCCAGCUCGAGGGCACUGGCCCGCCACGCCGCCGACCUGAAAACCCUCCUCAGCGCCGCCAUCACCAACCAGGACACCUGCCUCGAUGGAUUCUCCCACGACAGCGCCGAGCGGCGGCUGCGCGACGAGAUCCGGGAGGCCAUCACGCACGUGUCCCACAUGUGCAGCAACGCCCUCGCCUUGGUCACCAACAUGACCGACGGCGACAUCUCCUCCAGGUUGGAGGUCGAGCAGAUGGCGGCGAGCGGCGGGGUCCACCGGAAGCUCCUUGAGGUGGCGCAGGAGGAAGCCGUCUACGGUGUAGACGAGGAGGGGUUCCCGACGUGGAUGUCGGCGGCGGACCGGCGGCUUCUGCAGCAGAGCACCGUGACUCCCAACGUGGUGGUGGCGGCCGACGGCAGUGGGGACUUCAAGACGGUCUCAGCGGCAGUGGCGGCAGCGCCAUCGGGGAGCAGCAAGAGGUACGUUAUCCGGAUCAAGGCCGGAACCUACAGGGAGAACGUGGACGUGCCCAAGUCGAAGACCAACAUCAUGUUCGUCGGCGACGGCCGCGGCAGCACUGUCAUCACCGGCAGCCGCAACGUCGUCGACGGCAGUACCACCUUCAACUCCGCCACCGUCGGUAAGCGCCGCCCGCCCACUCACCUUCGACUUGAGAGGAAGUUGAGUUAAAACCGCCUCCUUCGCUUGCGAGCUGACGACCCUCGUCGCCGACGGCGACCUGCAGCCGUGGUGGGUGGGGGAUUCCUGGCGCGGGACCUGACGUUCCAGAACACGGCGGGGCCAUCCAAGCACCAGGCGGUGGCGCUGCGGGUGGGCUCCGACCUGUCGGCGUUCUACCAGUGCAACAUCGUCGCCUACCAGGACACGCUGUACGUGCACUCCCUCCGGCAGUUCUUUCGGGACUGCUACAUCGCCGGGACGGUGGACUUCAUCUUCGGCAACGCGGCGGUGGUGCUGCAGAACUGCAACCUCCAGGCCCGAAAGCCCAACCCGGGGCAGAAGAACAUGGUGACGGCGCAGGGGAGGGAGGACCCGAACCAGAACACCGGCAUCUCCAUCCAGGGCUGCACCAUCAGCGGCGCCUCCGACCUCUCGUCCUCCACCCGCACCUUCCUCGGGCGGCCGUGGAAGAAGUAUUCGAGGACGGUGGUGAUGCAAUCGACCAUCACCAGCGUCAUCGACCCGGCGGGCUGGUUCGAGUGGAGCGGCUCCUUCGCGCUGGACACGCUGACCUACCGCGAGUACCAGAACACCGGCGCCGGCGCCGGCACCUCGGGGAGGGUCAACUGGAAGGGAUACAAGGUCAUCACCUCCGCCAGCGAGGCCCAACAGUACACCGUCGGCAACUUCAUCGGUGGCUCCGGCUGGCUCGGCGCCACCGGCUUCCCCUUCAAAAGCGGCCUCUGA